AUGAUGCAUGCCUUCAUGAUUAUUUUCCCGAUAUCGGUCCCCACGCGCUGCGUCACCGCCGAACGCGUCUUGCUCACGCCUCCGACAACCGCCUUUUGUCGCCUCCUCAGCACAAGGCGCACGUUUCGUGCCUCGAAAAUCAUGGGUCAGUCGCAGUCUUACGAGUUGAACCACGAUAAGCAUGAUCGCCAAGAAGAAACUCCAGUGCGUGGCCUUCGCAGGACUAGUCGAUCCGACGAUUCUGUCUUUCCAGUGGUAGGAAAAAGCUUUUCUUUCGUACCUUUUUUUCAUUUUCAGAACUUUUUUGUUCAAAUUAACUUUUCACUACCUUGUUCAGUCGUCGAAAACGAGUAAUUUUAAAAAUAAAAGUGAAAAAAUUCACAAUUUCCAACAUUUCAGCUGCAUACACUGAUUCAAAACUUUCAUCAAAUAAUAAAAAAUCGAUUUGAAACUUUUUUUUUGACUAUAAUAUCAUCCAUGUAAUGAAAAGGUGAAUAACGCGAGACUAGAAUCAAUCAUUCGCACUGUCCACUUUUAACAUCAUUUUUCCACGGUUCUCCUUUUUUCAAUUUGAUUCAAAGACUGAAAGAUUUCAGACGCAUCCAAGAGCCCAAGAAGAUGGCUUCGACUACCGCGAAGACGACCUGAGAGAACGAAUCCGGAAAUCUGAGCUUCGCGAAAGGAAUGAUGAGUACGCUCAAAGGCUGCGCGGAAAUUCUCAGGUUUUUUUUUGAUCAUUUCAUUCAUGCCUAUCCAGCACUGUUGGAAGCUUCCGGCGCUGGAUGAUUGCCGAUUCACGGUGGGCUUGAGUAAUUUGAAAAGGGUCCUAAGACGAAAAAAUAAGACGAUACCUGGUUGAUCAAGCGCACAGAUAGGACACGUAUCUUGGAGUUUCGCCGUGAAUCGGGUUUUAGACAAUCGCUUAUUAUUUCGAGCGCAUUUUACCAAAAUACCAUACGAAGGCCAGACGCUUUGAACAGGUAUGCAUAGGGACCGCAGGCCGAUUUUUCAAAUCUAUUCAAAAAUUAUGUUCUUGAUACUGCUCCAUAGAGGUGAAUGUAUAAAUUCAUAAUCCGUUUAGUUUUCGAAAAAAGGUUAACUUAGAAAAAAAAAUAUGGUCAGAAAAAUUUUAUCGUCGGCAAUUUUUUCUGCAGCUCCUUUAUAUUCGGCUAUCUUUUCACGGUUUUUUGCGGUUUUUUUGUCCCCAGACUGUGCUGAACAUAAUUCCUUACUAAUGUCAUGACUUCCACAUAAAAAUAAAAAUCAAAAAGUGAAAUAAACCUUCCAAAUACCCUGGAAAAAUUUUUUUACUUUGAAUGUUACUUCUUUUUCCAAAAAAACCGUUUUCAACAACUAAAUAAGCCAGAAAACAAAACUAAUUUUAAUGUUUUUUUUUUAGAAAACACAAGUUACACAGAUAUUGAAUAAAGUUGAGAAAAAAACGAAAUUUUCGAGGUUAAAACGCGCCAAGUACACCCAAACGCGCAAAGUUUGAUUCGAAAAACGACUAAAAUUGCGUGCAAAAACGAACCAAUCUUUUUAAGGCAAAGCCGGGGUUCGCCCAUUUUUUUUUCAACAAUUUAAAAUGACACGAAAAAACUUAUAAGAAUAUUUCAGAACGUGAUCCGUGGAUGUUUUUGCUGGGAAAUAUUUUUAAAGCCAAAAUUGGAAUGCAUCACUUGUUUAUAAAAUCGUUUUUUAACACUGUUUCCGGCAAAAUUUAUUUCUUAAAUUCUUUAUCGAUGUGUCCACUAAUUUUAUAACUUUUCUCAAUUUUUCGUUACACAAUGGAGGACUGUUAAAAAAACAUAUCAAAAAAGCAGAUAUGUAUAUAGUUUCUGAGAAAUCAUCGUUUUUGUUGUUUUAGUCAGAGAUAUGUCUCAAAAACUCACGAAAAGACUAGAAAGGCUUCCUAGUUAUCAAGGUUUGUCAAACGAUGUCGAUUAUAGCCGAUUCACGGCUAGCUUGGGACGCUGAGGGGGCGUGGCCUGUCUGCUCUCUCCACCAGCCAUGCACUUUCUCUUUUAUUUUCGUGUCAUAACCCUUUUAUCGAUGGCUCGAGCCAGCCGUCAAAAAGCUAUAGAUGUAGUUGUAAAAGAUUUGACUUUUUCUUUUUUUUUGAGCGUAUAAAAUGAGAAAAAACGGAUUUCGCAACAAAUAAUGGCGCCUUUCUUGAGGAGCAGUGGGCGUGGCUCUACGGUCCAAAGCUGUAUAGAGGAGAAUUUUUUCGCGAAAGUUUUUUAAAUAUCAACAACAGAGUAGAGAAAAGAGUGUGCAACACCAAUUUUGAUUAAGAAAUCGAUAUCUUGAUCAGGUACCCGCCUACCCAUUACCAACUGCGCCCGAAGAGCCCACCAAGUCGCCCACCAAAUCGACGAGAGUGCCUAAGGUUUUUGGAUUGCCAAAAUAAAAAAAAUUCAGCCAACGUGCAUUGUAGAUGAGACUCGAGUCACAGCAAAACGAUUCCAUCAAAGUUCACAUCGAGAAGAGAACACCAGAAUUAGAUGAUCAACUCGGCGUAUCCAAUUUUCUGCCCCCUUACAAGUCGGAGAAAGAAAAAAAAAGACCAGCUCCGCAUUACGAUGAUGUCGCUUCAGAAAGCUUUCUUCCAGAGGAGACGACGAGUUUUGUUGGCGUCACUGAGCACAAACCUCCCAGGUGGACGAAACGCUCAUCCUGGAAGGCAGUUUCUUUGGAAGCUCUCCAUCGCAGUCCAGAGACGUGCGAACAAGGAAAACAGAAUGAUAGUAUGGUUCUAACAAGGACAGAAAAGUCCUUGUUAGAUAGUUUGCCUAUCAUUGAAAAAGGUGGUAGCAGUCCGACAAGGUCCCAUCACCCACAUUUUGACUACUGUCCACAGCAGCCAACACGGAAAUGUGUAUCAACACAAAGUUGUGAAGAGCUGGAAAGAACCCGAGAAGUCCACGAGUUACCGCUAACGCCUGAUAGAAUCCAAAAAGAAGAAGAAGAAGAAGGAACAACAAGGCUUGACCAAGUUUUCUACACUGAACAUCAUCGAGCUAUUGUCGCAGUGGAAGGCGGAAACAAGGAGCCAAGAAAGAUUCUGGCAAGUUUCAUUUUAAAUUGAUGAAUAAAUUGAAAAAUAAGUGUUUCCUGCCGUAAUCGGCUUUUUUGUGCAUCACUGCAAGUUUUUUAUGUGUUUAUUUUUUUUAAACGAACCGUCGAAACUUCGCGUCGAACCGAGGGAGACAUUUUAUUGCAGAGUCAACAACAACGGGCGACACAGAUUGUGAGCAUUAAUGUCAACUGCAACGACGAUGAGAAUCGGCCAGAGUUUCCACAAACACCGGCACAAGACGACCCGAAAAAGAUGACUAAGUCAUUGAAGACGCCAACCGGCUUUCUUCUUGAUUCUCCUCAAGAGGAGGUGGUGGAGCAAUAUUCUUUUGCCGUCUUUGAAUAGUAAUAUGAUGAACAAACGAGUGGUUCUUUUUUCUGCCAAUUUCAAAGUUGAGAAUCGAAUAGGGGCUGUACUUUGAAUCGUUUGAGUAAUCGUCAACGACAAUUGAUUAAAACUUUUAACAUUCAAAAAGAAAAGUUUGAUUUGGGUCUUGUAAGUUUUUUUUUUUUGAUUCUUUUUCAAAUUAAAAGCUGAAAGAAAGAUAUCUCAAAUUUUUAAGAUGUAUGCCGUGUUAACUGCAACAAUCUUUAAGUCUUGAUUUCUCUUUGCGCGGUAAUGUAAUUUUAUCUUUCCAGAAGCUGUUCUACAUUCCUCACAUGGAGACAAUCAUUCUCGAACACCGGCCUCGCUUUUCUUCUUAUGAGAAGCUCGCCGCAUGA